AUGCGCCAUCCAGAUAGUCUCAACCACCAGUCGCGAGGAUAUCUUGCCAAUCACGCGAUAUCGAAGCAGGAUACACCCUGCGACCAUGAGGAAUGGCAGGGAUGGCUGUUUCAAGUACGUGAAACACCGCUUUCUUUUGGGCUUGAACUUGAACCGCUAACGAGCCGUGUGAUAGACAAAGACUACCCUUUGACGGGCGUAGUCAUUUGCUUUACGUCAGUUCAAAUUGAGAGAAGGACCCCGUUGACCCAAAUGGCCGAACAGAUGGGCGCAAUGCACAGUAUCCAUCUUACCUCAGACGUAACCCAUUUGCUUGUGGGUGAUACAAACAGCGACAAGUACAAGUUCGUUGCGAGGGAGCGAAAUGACGUUUUGGCAAUGAAUCCGGAAUGGAUCGAGGCUGUACGACAGUCAUGGACCCAGGGAGAGGAUAUAGAUAUACAGGCAUUGGAGAAACAAUAUCGACUGUCAACUUUGCAUGGGCUGAAGAUUUGUAUCACCGGAUUCUCGGAUCUUCCUUUUCGAGCCCACAUGCAGAAGACAACAGAGGCAAAUGGGGCUGAAUAUCGGAAAGACUUGACCAAAACAGUGACACACCUUAUUGCGCGCACCUCGGAGGGUGACAAAUACAAGUUCGCGACACAAUGGAAUAUCAAAGUUGUUUCGGUCAAAUGGUUUGAGGACAGCAUCGAGCGUGGAAUGAUCUUGGACGAACAGAAAUAUCACCCGUUGAUACCGCCAGAAGAACAAGGUGUCGGAGCAUGGGACCGAUCAUUACCCGCAGAGAGAGAGCCAUCUCGAAGUGACAACCCCUCUAUCAAAGAGAACCCCCUCAAUCCUCGACCUCGAAAACUACGCAGAAUUGCAAGUACCAAGCUGGUGGACCAGAAUGAAAGUAUCUGGGGAGAUAUUGUCGGAACUGGAUUUGAAAAUAACGGCACGGGUGGAGCUAAACAGACCCCCCAAGGACGAGGCGAAGCCCCCAAACCCGUGAUUCAGGCAUAUCAGUCAUUUGCUAGCGAGACUACACUCUCUGAGAGCGCCGAGGCUCAUAUACCACCGCCGGUUGCUCCGUCCAAGGACAAUGGAUAUCUACACUUGACUUAUUUCUUUAUCGAUGGAUUCUCUCCCAAGCAGACCAAAAUCCUGCGUGAGCAUCUCACUUUCAAUGGAGCUCAAUUGGUGAAUUCGUUGAACGAGUUUGCCAGCCCUAGUAUUCCCAAGACAGGACACGGGCUCUUCAUCAUGGUGCCGUACCAGACUCCCAGCUCAGAGGUUCCCUCAACAGACGAAAUGGCCUUUGAAUGUGAGAUUGUUACAGAAAUGUGGCUGGAAAGAUGCAUUGAUGCUCGAGCGUUUAUCCCCCCCGAGUCACAUGUGGCAAGCACUCCAUUCCCCAAAUUUCCCAUAUCAGGGUUCUCGGAAUUACGCAUCUGUUCCACUGGCUUUGGAGGUAUCGAUCUCUUGCACGUCCGCAAAUUAGUAGAGUUGAUGGGGGCUACAUAUGGAGACUAUCUCACCCCAAAAGCCUCAGUUCUCAUUUGCAAUGACCCCCAGACAGCAAGUCUUGAAAAACUGCGACAUACGAACGAAUGGGGAGUCCCAGCAGUGUCUGCUGACUGGCUUUGGAUAUCCAUUCAAGCAGGACAGAAGAAGUCAUUUGAACCAUACAUUGUCAAACGAAAGAUACCCCAAAGCGCUAGCAGCGCAGAUAAACUUGGUUCUUUAUCUGCUAAGCGAAAGCAACCUCAUGGACAUAUCGAUGAACGACGAGCAGAUUCUCCGUUCAACAUCUCCACCGAGUCCACAAAUGGUAGCAGGCCCGAAAGGCGAGACUCAGGGAAGAGCACCGCAAAUCAAACAACACCCAUCGUCGGCGACGGCUUUGAAGCCGAUGCACCAAAACCCUCUGUCCCGGAGUCUCGGUCUCCAUCCCCGACCAGGAACCCAGACAAACGAGAUGCUUCACAGGAGUCGAACGCCAAACAGCCCGCACCGAAUACUGAACCGGUACCACCCAUUGGACCAUCCGCAUUGGACACCGCUCUCAGCGGAUUUCUGCAACAAGCCCGAGCUGCCAAAUCACGGCUGCUGUCGGAGAGUACCACGACCAACGAUGACGGAAAUCCGCCUCGAAGAAGACGCAAGCCCCUUCUAGGCCGCGCCCCAUCCCACUCUUCAGUGCGAAUGAUCGAAGGCCAGCGUCCCGUCUCACGCGCCAGCUCGAUCGACACACUCAACGAUGACGGCCUCGGCAACGUCCUAGAAAGCGCACACCCGACUAGAGACAACUCUAUAUCCCGCAGUAAUAGCAGGGCGGAGCAGAGUCUGUCAUCUAUGCUCAGUGGCGGCAAAUUCGAUUUCCUAAACGAUAAACUCCCUGCCCAUGCUGAAAACGAAGACGAGGAGAACCAGGAGCCUCAGAUGACGCAGCUGGAUUAUGAAGACCCUGAUGCGGCUGCUAUGAGGGCUGAGCUUCUCAGGGAUGCUGGGAAAUUAUCUGGCAAGACGGCGACGGCGGCUAGCUCUGGUGUGAUUGUUGGUGAAAUGCGCGAGUUGGAGGACAUUGGAUGGGCGUCCGGGCGGAGGACAAGGAGACAUCCUGUUAAACUGGAUGAUGAAUGA